AGAAACAAUUAGACAGUCAAUUAAAGAUGCAACGAUAAACUAUCAAGUCUCGGAAACGUGCAUAUCGGAAGUUUACUUAAACGAACAGUUUGACUUUUUCAUUAGAAAAGAAUUUAAAACUUUCUUAACAAAAGUUUAAAUCUAUUUAUUUAUUUCAAUAUUUUAAAUAAAAUUUUUCCAUCUCCGUUGCCACUUUUUGAGGUCAGUACAAUCUAAAAGACAUUGUACAAUUAGAAAGCAUUUGAAAAUGCCGGAACAGUCAGCAAUUCAUCAUGAACAGGAACAUUUAGCUGAGUUUUCUAAAGACUAUGGAAGCCGAGAUGUGUCACAUGAAUUAGUGGAAGAAGAACCUCAAGAUAUUGGUGAAUUAUUGGGAUUUCGCAUCACUGGAGGACAUGACUUUUAUAUGCCAAUUACAAUCUUCCAUGUGAAGGAAAACAGUCGAGCUGAGAAAGCAAAUUUGAAGCUCGGUGACACAAUCGUUUCCAUCAAUGGAAAGGACACAAGCUUCAUGACUUUGGUUGAAGCAAAUCGAUAUUUAGCAAGUGUCUCUGCAGGCGAUGUUACGCUUCAAGUGUCAAAAUUUGACGGCAGUGAUGAAGAUGAAGAUGUUCAAACUAUUGAAGAAGUCACAUUAGAAGGCCCAGCAAGUCUUGAACAAAAACUGAGGAACAUGCAAAAACAGUUGCUUGAAAUGACUGAUGUUCCUGUUCAAAUUCAAUCGAAAAUAUCAAUGGUAACGAAAGCUUUGGAACAAUUUAUGACAAUGGAUUCGAAUGAUCUCGAGUCAACAUGGAACAGAACAUCGAUGGAAGAAGAUGAAGCUGAAGAUGCAAGCAAUGACGAGAAAUUUCCAAUUAUCGAAGAAGAAAUCGAUUUGGAAGAAAACAGUGAAAGUUGUGAACGAUUUGAGAUUGAACACUCAACUCGUGAAACGUCAUUUUCGAUCGAUGAUUUCGAUGAAAGAUAUGAAAAGAUUGAAACUGGCAGCAACGAAAUUUCACUUGAUGAAAAGUCGAAUGUUGAUGAUGACGAUGAGAAAUCCGUUUGUGAUUCGUUGAUGUCGGAAGAGAAGUUGAAAGUUGAAGAAGAGAAGAAAAAGAAAAACGAGAAAAUCCUAAAGUUAGAAAAGUCGUGGCAAAAACUCUGCUCAAACACGAGAACCAUUCAUAAAAUUAGUCAACUUAAUGCAUCGAAAGUUAUUUCAUUUUAUGAACGAAAACGUUGCCCGAUAAAUGAAUAAUUUGGAUUAACAAAAUCUAAAAGUUUAUUUUCAAUUGUUAUGGCUUGCAAGGUUCAGCGAUACUUUUAAACAUUUUUUUCUUCUUAUCUGCUUUAUUCAUUUGCCAACAACUUGUACUUCACUUUAAUUGUGUUUUUUACUUAAUAAAAUUUUUUAUUACAAAACAUUAAAAGC